AUGGCGGAUAAAUCAGAAAGAGAGCAAGAUGAAGAUAGUGCUUCGCCUAGGCCUCAUUACAGAGUUAAAGAUGAGCCGAUGGAUUUGGACUUACCGGACGAAGACGAAGAACCGCCUGCGUUUGGGCCUGCUGCCCUUGGACUUCACAGAGUCGGCACACAGUUACCGCCAAAACCGACUCCUAGUGAACCAAUGCAAAAACUCAAUGCCAGAGGUAUGCCAGCCCGGAUAAGAAAAAAGAACAGAUUUAUAUUUGUUGAUGACUUUGUGAACACCUCACCACCAAGGCAAUCUCCUAAACGUACUCCGAAAAUCUUGGCUAAAACUCCUAACAAGCAAUCAAGUGGGAAAAAACAAAAAUCGCCAUCAAAAGUGCAAAGAAAUCUUGACAGAUAUGAAGAGAAAGAAUCUCUUGGGAGUCAAUCUCCAGAUCGUAAAUCGGGUCAAAGGAUUGGCAUGAGAUUGAGAAAUCUUUUAAAAUUACCCAAGGCUCAUAAAUGGGUUUGUUUUGAAUAUUUCUACAGCAAUAUAGACAAAGCGCUUUUUGAUGGAGAAAAUGAUUUCAUGAUUUGUUUGAAAGAAUCUUUUCCACAAUUAACUAAUCGCAAACUUACUCAAGUACAGUGGGCUAAAAUUCGAAGAAUGAUGGGUAAGCCAAGAAGAUGUUCUCAAGCAUUCUUUGCAGAGGAGCGCAAAGAACUGGAAAGAAAACGGAAGUUAAUAAGGUAUAUUCAACAGCGAAAGUCUGCAGAUAUUUGCAUCAAAGAUCUUCCAAAUGAGAUUCCAAUGCAAUUGGUAGUUGGAACCAAAGUAACAGCAAGACUGCGAAAACCACAAGAUGGUUUAUUUACAGGUUGCAUUGAUGCUGUCGAUACCUCUAAUAAUACAUAUAGGAUCACAUUUGAACGACCAAAAUUGGGAACACAUUCAGUUCCAGAUUAUGAAGUUCUCUCUAAUGAGCCACCAGAUACAAUAAACCUGUCAAGUAUAACACAAAAAUUCAGACCUCGUUAUGUCAUGCAAGAAAUAUUCAACUUGUAUCAGCCAUCUAUGCCAGCCAAUAACAGUUCUCAAGGUGAUCCAAUGAUUGGUUGCACUGAUAUCACUAAAAGUAUGGAUUCUACUGUAGGCAGUUAUCCCUAUCAAUUUCUGGAAUUGAUUGUUAAAUUAACAAAGAUCUUGCAUGCUAAAAGAGGGAAGAUAAAUAGAUUGAAAGAGUUCAAUUGCGAAGCUGAAAAAAGAAAAUCUUUUGGGCAAAAGAUGCCUGAAGAUUUUGAAAGGAGAUAUGCUUCAGUUGUAAUAGAUUUAGAACGAAUGAACAUGGACUUGCAGGACUACAUUAGUGAAGUACAGAUGUACUGUCAACAAAUAGCACCUGGGCCUAGCCUGGCUGCAAUGUUAGCCCCAUCACAUCUUAGAGAGAAAUGUCAUGAUGAAGCAUCAUUACUUGUCGCAAAGAACAAUCAUGGCACUGUCAAAGAUUCCAACAUAAUAGACAUCAUUACUGACUUGACAGCCCUUAUGUUACAAGUCAAAAGUUUGUCUGAUUCAGAUCAAAAUGCUUAUGAGCUGAGUGUUCUACAAGGUACCAUGGAUCAAAUAAAGAUGAAAAUGGAACCUCAGCAUCAACGGCUAUUUCAGAGUAAUGUAGAAAUUCACAUGCAAAGAAUACAAAUGGGUUUGGGGCAGAUGUCCUCAAAUAGUUAUGUAGCUGGUACAUAAAAGUGCUUUUGAAUAUUCAUAAAACCCAUCAUUAAUUUUAUUAUAGAUGUUAUGAAAUGUAGGAUUUGUACUAAUGAACAGAAUUGACAAAAUAAAUUUAUACUAUGAAUGUAAAUAGAAAAAUUUCUUGUAUUAUUUUCAAUUGUUUUAUAAUUAGUGCUAAUAAUUUGAGCAUUAUGGAGUAUGAACACAUGU